AUGGCCGUUCUUCCGGAGGGAUACGAACCCGUGGUGGCUUUCAAGCUCUGCCCACCUGGAGGGCUGUUUGUUGAGCUCGGAGUUUAUCUUUUUGACAUCUUGAACGAUGCCAUCCAGAUUCUCACGUUCCUUCGCCACGGAGACUUCUUCUUCGCGGGCUUCAUGGUCUUCUUCAUUGUCUUGAACUCUCUGGCCACGAUCUUCCAAGCGAAUAAGGACAGCGAGUCCCGGCACGUUCUCCAGCCCUUCAGCCCGCUCAGGGAGGCCCAGAGGUGUCUGGCACGGAAGGUUCCGACGGAGCCAUGGGCGAAGAUGCUGUACUGGGAGCGGGUCAUCGAAGCGCCGGGCACCGGCCUCAUCGGCCCCUACGGUGCCUCCCUGCUUUCUUUGACGCCAAUGCAGGCGGCGAGCGCACUCUACGGACUGCUGGGCUCCGCCAAGGCCAUGGCCGAGGGGAGGCUGGAUUUCGAGGCUGAUGUUGGGAUUGAAGCCUAUGCCUUAAAGGCUGUGUGCCCGGGGAAGGCCAUGAUGGUAUCGGCAUGGUAUUUCGGGGCGUUUGCAGCAGAGCUGGCAGCUUUCGCUUUGGUGAGUGCGACGCUGCAUCCCCUCGCCACCCUGCCUGGAUACCUUCUGGGCGCGGCGGCGAACGGGGUGGCGGCCUGGUCGUCCGGAUCUGACCGGUUUCUGGUUCUGACGGCCUCAUCCUGCGUGCUGGUUUCCACGGCCAUGGCAGGUGGACAGACGCAGAGCUUCUGGCAAAGCCACAUUUUUGCUGGCCCAGGCCCCGGCUGGAUCCCAGCAGCCUUCAUCUUAAUACGCUUCGUGGCCUGGGCGGGGCUGUGUUUCCUGGAUCUUCCCCAUGGCCUUCUGCCCCUUGGCUCCCUGAACCGACCCAUGGGCUUGCCGGUGCUCCAAGCAAAGUUCUUGAGGCCGGCAGUCGCCUGUCGGGAGGCCUUAGUUUGCUUCACAUCGCAAAUGUGGGUUACGACGGAGACGAAGACGAAUUCGACGGCCACGUCCUUCGGUGUGGAGGUGGGGUUCCAUGUAUGCAGCUGGCCGGCAAGCGGCGAGCUGAGCACCGCAUCCACCAUCUUCAACAGCUGCUUGUUGUUCUUGGCCGUGGUGCUCGUCCCACUCCACAUGUGCAUAGUUCUUACAAUGCUGGUCUUGAGCCCUACUUAUGGCUGCGGAGUCGACAACCUCAGUCUGAAGGAGGAGGUAAAGGCGAAGCAGGUUGAAAUCGAUGCUUUCGCUGAGCAGAACGAAGAGAUGAACGGCGAGUACACGGAGCUUUGCUUGCUUUCGGAAUGGGAUUCGCAUUCCGAUUCCGAGUGA